AUGAAAUACGAUGAAAAACGACAUAGUAUACGACUGUCUAUUGGAAUUAAAGGUGAUGUUAGUUCAUUUUGUGGUGCUAUUGAACGAUUUCAACGUCAUGGAAUAAAAUCAAAUGGUUUAUUAAGUCUUAAAGAAUUAUGUGCUCGUCGUAUUGCUCUUAUUAAAAAUGAACAAAUUAAAUGGUUUAUUAGUGCUUAUUUACCACCAGAUUUAUUCAAAUAUGUAACAAAAGAUAUAUUUGAUUUACAACGACAUGAAUUUAAAUUGAAAUAUGCAAAAGAUUUUCAUAUGUGCGAAGCAUGUUCAAUAAAUGAUUAUAAACAAUCAUCAUCAAUUAAAUGUCAAUGUCCUAAACUUGCAGCUGCAAUUCAUAAAUUAAAUAAUUAUUUUUUUAAUCGAAUGAAUAAUGAUAACAAAAUUACAAAAAAUAAACCAAGAAUCAGAUUAAAAUGUCAGUAUUUAUUUAUGUAA